UAGAAGAAAUGGGCGUUAGGAAACCAUUACACCCUCAACAACGGGGUUCUAAGAAAGCAUACUUAGCUCCAGCAUGCUUUACUAUGAAUAAGGAUAACAAAUAUAUGUUCCUUAAGGUAUUGAAGGGAGUGAAGUUUCCAGAUGGUUAUGCCUCUAAUAUUUCUCGGCAUGUACAUUUAAAAGAGCGAAGUAUAUGGGGUCUUAAGAGUCAUGACAGCCACAUUUUAAUGCAACAAUUACUUCCUAUAGCAGCACGUAGAACUUUGCCUAAGAAUGUAGUUGAAGUAUUAAUUGAAUUGGCCAAUUUCUUCAGACAGUUGUGCUCCAAAGUAAACAUGCCUUCUGAUUUAGAAAAUAUUAAAGACCGAAUUGUGCUUACCAUUUGUCAUUUGGAGAAGAUCUUUCCAUUAUCAUUCUUUAAUGUAAUGGAACACUUGCCUAUACAUCUACCUGAGGAAGCAUUGGUUGCUGGAGCUAUCCAAUUUCGAUGGAUGUAUCCCAUUGAGAGGUAUCUAUUAACACUUAAACGUUAUGUGAGGAAUCGUGCACGCCCCGAAGCCUCAAUUGCUAAGGGAUACUUGAUGGAAGAAUGCAUGAACUUUUGUGCAAGAUACUUGAAUGAGGCCGAAACAAAAUCUAAUCGACCAUGUCGAAAUGACGAUGGUGGCAGUGACUUUGGCCGUCCUUUAGGUAAAGGAGUUAAAAUACGCCUUGACGAUGUUACGUGGGUACAAGCACAUAGAUACGUGCUAGUGAACAUGGAUGUUGUCACACCUUUCCGAAACCAACACCUUGAAAUGCUUGAAGAUGAAAUGCCUCGACGAACCACUCACUAUAUUCAAAAAGUUCACAAUGAAACAUUUCACACAUGGUUUAAGAACUAUGUGACGACGCAGAGAAGAACUUCUAAUAUGGUAUUUUCUGAAGAAAUCAUUAGUUUGGCUAAUGGUCCUGAUGAGUUUGCACGAAAAUUUAAGGGAUAUUUUGUCAAUGGUUUUAGAUUUCGUACAAAGAAGUAUGAAAAUCAUAGAACCACUCAAAAUUCUGGUGUUGUUUUGAAGGCAAAUACUAUGAGUUAUGCUAGUGUGAGAGAUCAAAAUCCUCGAUCAGGUGAUGUGACAUUUCAUGGAGUGUUGACAGAUAUAGUUGAAAUUCGGUACACCAAUACCUUGAAAUUUGUCUUGUUCAAGUGUGAUUGGGUUGAUAGUCUUGUGGGAGUGAAAGAGGACGAGUUUAAAUUCACACUGGUGAACUUUAAUCAUUUGUUGUACAAAGAGAAUGGAAUAGGGGACGAGCCUUUCAUUUUGGCUCAACAAGCAAGACAAGUUUGUUAUGUGCAAGACCCUUUGGAUUCCGAUUGGCAUGUUGUUCUUACGAUGACUGUCAGAGAUCUAUUUGAUAUGUAUUCGAAAGAUUCAUCUCGUACUCCUACAGCGGUACCUCAAGUCGAGCUUUACGCAAGCCAACAAUUGGAUGAAACUAUAUAUUUGCACGAUAAAGAUGUUAAUUGGGUGCGACAAGGAGUGGAAGGAACUGUUGUGGAGACAGAUGGUGUUGAAAAUCUUGUUGAGAUGGAAGAAUCUGAUUGACCAUUAUAUAUUUAUCCUUGCUAUAAUUUAUUUUCUUUUUCAUUAGUAUAUAAGAAUAAUUUAGUAUAUGGAGAGUGGUUUAAUGGUAAUUGAUGUCUUGCUGAGGUUUAUAAUUUAAAUUUUUUUAUACUUCUCUUUGUUGGAAUUUUUUUAUAUAAUUAUUUUAUUUCAGUGGUUUAUGGCGCCUAAGAGAACAAGAGGUAUGUCAAUGGAGGAAUUGCUCCCCCCAUCUCCUUUGAGACGUAAAAAGGGCAAGCACCAGGCACGAACAUCUCAACAACGUAG